UCUUAUUCUCUUGGCUGUCUUGCCCUUGCCCGUCUUGCAGCUUGGAGCCUCCAUCUCCUGUAGUCGAGAAUUUAUUUGUGUAGGUACUGACAGUCCCUUGCCAUUUUAUGGCCUAGUGCUAGUAGUGGAGCCCGAGAGAUACGUCGGAUCCAGUUUUAUUUUUUUAGUACAUAAGAGGUUUAUGUUUCGGAUUUUAUAAUUUCUUCUCAGAGUCGUGUUUCUAAAAUAGCCUCCACGUACAUGUACUACUUUUGUAGUACAGUACCAUUAAAAGAGUAGGAUCGCUUUUCCUAUGACUACACUGCACUGGCCGGAGCUUGAGGAAAGUCCGAGCUGGCAGUAUUCGGCACGUUACACAGCAGCGGCUCUGGCUGGGAAAGGGCAAUGGAACACGCGACGCCCCGAUGGUCCUGCUGUGUGUGCUCUGGUGAGCUGCUAGAUGCCAGGCUAUUGCCGUGUUUGCACUCGAUCUGUGGCCAGUGUAGAGCCGCAGGUGCAGGAAAGAACAAAGAUGGAUCACUGAGAUGUGGAACAUGCAGCUAUGUCGUCGCACCGCGCCUAUUGGACACUCUGCAAGUGGACUAUAUGGCGCUCGACUACUUGGCGCUGCAGAAACUACGUGAUCCGCGCAAGUCGAACAACUGUGACGAGUGUGUAGAUGGAGAGGUGGCCAGUCAUCGCUGUGUGAGCUGCUGUCAAUUUCUGUGCACUCUCCAUCACAAUAGUCACAAGAAGAGCAAAGCAACUCAUGAUCACCAAACCAUACCCCUCACCCAGCUCCAGUCGUCCGCCAGCGCUGGUGCUGCCAUUGCAGGAUCGGGACAUGUUGACGUUGCCGAAUUGGCAGUGGCACGGAGUGCACUGCUGUGUGCCCGUCACACGCAGAAAGAACUGGAGCUGUACUGUGCAAGUUGCUCGGAGUGUAUCUGCAGAGAUUGUAUUGUGGUAGAUCAUAAAUCCCACGACUUCACCUUCAUAUCGGAUGCCAUUAAAAAAAACAAGAACCGUCAGGAUAUUUUGAAGUUAGAUAAGAUGGUAGAGCAGUUUGAAGGCACCCUGAGUAGAAUCGAACGGUCCCAGGAAACACUCACCAACAAUUUCCACACAACCAGCCAGGACAUGGAGAGGGCUGCCAGCGAAGUAAAGCACCUGGUCGACACGCGGUUGAAAGAGCUCCUCUCAGAUGUUGACAAAGUCUACCAAGGCAAGAGCAUCGCUCUGGAGAACCAGAAGAUAGCAUUGACAACCUUGCAAGAGAAGGUAGUUUAUGCAUCAGUGUUUGCUAAAUCAAUAAUGGAAUGUGGCAGCCCAUCACAGCAGCUUAUACUGAAGAGCGUUGUGGACAGUCGCUUAAAGAGUCUGGUACAGGAUUGUAAGGAAAAGUCCAUCCUGGCGCACGAUGACGGGUCACUAUCAGCAGUGCUGGACCUGUCUGAUUUGAAGGAGGCUGUGGGGGAGUUUGGUCGAGUGACAUCCACGGCUGCAAGUGGAACGAGCAGCUUGGGUCUUCCAGCGAAAUGCUACUCGGGUCUGCCAGUCACAGUGACCGUUGACCUAGCAGAUGCAAGCGGACACCCUACAUCAAAUAUCUGCGAGAGCACAAUCAGCUGUUCAGUUGCUGCUCCUGGUGGCGAAGACCUCGACAUAGGCCGUCCAACUAUUGUGAGCUCCAUGGCAGUGUUCAAGUUCAUCCCAAAAUAUGUAAGUAGACUGGGCGACUAUUCUGUGAGUGCGACAAUUUCUGGACAGCCCGUUCUUCGUUCUCCAGCCAUUGCCAAUGUGAUACUGCCGCCAUGGAAAUUUGAACAUGUCUGCAAAUCGAAAUCCUUGCGGAUGGUGGGCAGUGUUCGAGACACUGGUGUUCAGCUGUCCUCAACUGGCAUGUAUGCCAAGUUAGAAGAUGAGAGGCCAACGGAUAUGGACCAACGGCGGGGUUUUGAUCGCCUCAAUUCGUCUCAGAACUACUUUGGAUAUGGCUUGUGGCCAAGUAGGCUUAUUGCAGGGAGUGAGGCAAUAGCCACAGCAGCUGGACCGGUCAUAGAGUGGCACAUUACGCUUGAACAGUACGGUGUCCUCGCUGGGACUGCUACCCAGGAUCAGUCUGUCGGCGUUGGGAUUCUUGUGAAUCUGCCAGUCAGUAGUGUGAAAAAAGAAGUUGGUGAUGUCGCCCAAGCUUACGUGCAGUCGUCCGUCGCUUUGUUCUCCACUGGCAAGGUUUUCGUUCGGCAACACCAGUGCCAGGACCAACGAGCUGGCGGGGAUCGCGCCCAGAACGCAGCAGCGUUCACCUUUCACAGCUGCGACACGUUGAAGCUGGUCUACGUCGCCGACAGUGAUUAUCUUGUCGUCACGCAGCGCAACUGCGAUGUGAAGUGCGUAGUCGAUCUUCGUCUGCCGGCGAAGAAGAUUCUGCCACUUGAUGAUGACUUGGAGGCGGCCUUUGGCACUGCGCGUGCUCAACAAGGACUGAAUGGCAGGAGGGGCCACUAUGUAGCGGAUCGCCGGGGUGGGAUGCAUGCAUACGCGCCUCGGUCUGCAGUGUUUGGUGAAAUUGCGUCCAUUCUCCCGGCUGUGUGGCUGUCGGCGGAAUUCACUGGAAAUGCCUUAUUGUCGUUUCCGAUCGACUAGCAGUUCGCUACUUCCAAGCACUUAUGCAAUGAAUGCAGAAGAAGGCCAUAAAGAAACCUGGGGUUUAGUAUGCUUCAGAUAUCAAGUUGUUUCAUCUUUCCCAUCUUCGCUUGUCAGUGCUUGCGCUUCUGUCUGUGCAUGCAUACACUAGUAAACAGAGGCAAUGUGCCUUAACCUGCUGCUAGAGUGCUCACUGCCUGUGGUGCGCAGAGCACAGCACGUGUCCACAGUGCUGUCUGAUGGCUGGUUGUCAAACCAUGAAGCUCUGACUUACAACAAAAAUACGCCUUUACUUUCCAUUUUGUGCCUCUUGUAUACAGCGAUAGAAAUAGGCACUUUUAAUUUUUUUAUGUGUGUGGCCAAAUUGUUGGUCAUGACUUUCUGAUGGUCUAAUGAUUAUGACAUCACAUUGUUUACUAUGCUGUACUUCUUUCCCCGCAUUGUGUAGUUGUUUGGCACUGCUCCAGCCAACACACAAAUUUAGUUUUUUUAAACCGUGCUUCUUUUUCAAGCUUACUGGUACUCUAUAGUUUUCCGCCGCUGCUUGAGCCGUGCUUGGUUAUGCAGAAGUUGAUUUCCGACCUACUCAUGCACGCAUUUCUCAAUUAAAGUGAUUCCAGCAUCUCUUCUGCAUUGCGUGGUGGCUUUUCUGCUGAGUACUGUACAUUCUGUGCAUCCCGGCCUGGGCGCAGGUAUGUGUAAGGCUCAAUGGUUUGGGCAUAUAAUAUGGCUGCAAGCAGGGUGUGGCGAAAGGCUUUCACGGCUCCCUGGCUCCAAGGCUGGAGCAGCCAAAGCAAGUUGCAAAGCCCAAUGAAAACCCGACAGGGUUAUGCAUUGAUUUUAGUUUUUGGUUUGAUUCGAAGCGAUUCCGGCAUGUUCAGGGAUUGAUGUGCAAAGGAUGUGGUGAUGUA